UGUUUCUGAAUCAGUAGUUGUACUUGAGUUCAAGUGUGCUUAGUAAUAAGAAUCCAAAGUGCCUAGAACUGAAAUACAAAAAAAAAUGUCAUCGACCGAAUGUCUCCACUCACCUGACUCAUUUUGCUACGUCUGUGGAGAGUUUAUAAGCUCCCGUGUGAAAAAGUGUUCAAUUUCUGAUGGAGCUAAAUUAAGACAAGCAUACCAAGAAUAUUUUGGCCUGGAAAUCAAAAACCAAGACAAAUAUUGGGUUCCACAUUUCGUUUGUCAGAGUUGUGCUGUUGGAUUGCUUAGUAGGUUUUAGAUAAAUUGACAAUUUUAUUAGUAACAAUAUUUCAAACGCGCGUAAUUUGUUGGAGUUCUGAUAAACCGAACUAUUUGCCAUUUUGAAUAAUUUCCACUGUUUUUAUCCGUAAAUUGCCGGAAAACAAUUUCCGUAUGUGUUGUGGGUACGAAUUUCUUCUACAGAAUGUUAGUAAUAUAGUUCACAAUUAAUUGGGAUGAACAACUUUCUUAUCAGUUAGGUCUAGUAUGUUUGCCACCAUCGAUGGUUUUCAUAUGGUAAAUAGUUCGGUUUAGCAGAACCCUGACCAAUUGCUUUUGAAAACAACUCUAUUUUAAAGCCGUAGGUCGUACUUUAGCCCUACUAUACAAUUCACUAUUUGAAAAGUAGAGAUGCUUUCAGCCAUCUAAAUAAUGAAUUUAUUUAAAAAUUCUUUCUACUAGAAUUAGUAUAAACCUCUUUUAUAUAGUGGCUAUGGAUUUUAGGUAGGACUGAAAUACGACUUGACAGAAAAGGCCGUCUUCAAAAGCAAUUAUGCCCUGUUGAAAUUUUGAUACCGCAUUUGAGCUUUCUAGCUUAUUUUUCAAUAGAAACAAAAAAAAAUAUAAUAUGUUUUCUCUUCAAAGAACCAGCAAAAGAUAGAUCAGCAAGGUUGAAAUUUGACAGGCCAAGAAUUUGGAGUCAGCCAACUAGCCAUCAAAAUGACUGUUAUUUUUGUUUGGCAAAAAUCUUUCGCGGGAGGAACUUAAAUAUUUAUCCAAAUAUUCCUUCAUCACAAGCUCCAACCCUGUAUGCUGGACCAAGCGGAUCUGGUCUAAGUCGCACAAAUGUCUCUGCAACUGGUGAUGCUCGAAGGGUUUCAACUUCAGAUAUGGAAGAACAACAAGUGGCAGCAGCUGAACAGAUCGUCGAUCAUACUUCAGAAAACGUUGCAUCAAGUGUUAAUCAGAAAUUACGGCCUGUUGACAAUGGCAAACCAGAGAUGCUUUGGCGAUCUGAUGACUGCAAUCAUCAUCCAGAUGAUUUUUGUUACAUUUGUGGUUACUUUAUUACCAGGACAACAACCAAACAUACAUUGCGAAAAGAUACCAAGUUAUAUGAAGCAUACAAGCAAUAUUUCAACAUCGAAGUCGAACAUCAAGAUAAACAGUGGGUGCCACAUUAUGCCUGUCAUAAUUGCACAAGACGGUUGCAUGGUUGGUACCAAGGAGAAAACAGAUUAAUGGAAUUUGCUGUGCCUCGGAUUUGGCAUUCACCUUCAAAUCAUCAAACCGACUGUUAUUUUUGUGUUGUGAAUUUGGCUAGUGGUCAAAAAAAGUCAACUUACCCUGAUAUCCCUUCAUCACGUGCGCCAAUUCCACAUUCCGCUGAACGCCCCAUACCUCAACGUACCUGUGAAACGGCUGUUAGUACCACUACAAUAUCGACAGUUAGUGGAAGUUCUGUCCCAAGUAGUGAGUCUUUACAACUUCAAGGAGGAGUGCUCAAUAUUCCACAUUAUCCGAAUCAAACGGAAAUAAAUGAUUUGAUUCGUGACCUUGCACUCCCUAAAAACAAAAGCGAAUUAUUGUUAUCUAGGCUGAAGCAAUGGAGUUUGCUGGAUGAAUCCGUCAGAAUAACAUCCCAGAGAACUCGCGAUGAAGAGUUUUCCUCCUAUUACACCAGCGAAGAUGGAAUUUGCUUUUGUAGAGAUAUCGAGGGUCUAUUUUCUGAAAUCGGCAUUCCAUUGAUUGUAAGAGACUGGCGGCUCUUUAUUGAUGGCUCUUCAAAAAGUUUGAAGGUUGUGCUACUGCACAACCGCGUAAAAAGCGAGCAGUACCCAUCUCUACCCAUUGCACACUCCAUUCUCCUGAAAGAAAGUUAUGCCACAACAAAAUUGUUAUUCAACAAAAUUCAGUAUGAAAAAUUUGGUUGGGAGGUAAUAGGCGACUUUAAAAUGAUUGGUUUCCUAAUUGGAUUACAAGGAGGGUAUACUAAAUUCCCUUGUUUCCUGUGCCUGUGGGACAGCAGAGACACAGAGAACCACUAUAAAAUUAAAAAUUGGGAAAUCAGAGCCCAAUACAAAAUCGGCGAAAAAAAUGUUAAAAACGAUCCAGUAGUGAACAUGGAAAAAAUUUUAAUGCCACCUCUUCAUAUAAAACUUGGUUUGAUUAAGCAAUUCGUGAAAGCAUUGAAUAAGGAUUCGGAAUCAUUUAAGUUUAUAACAAAACUGUUUCCGAAACUUUCCGAGGCAAAAAUAACUGCCGGUGUUUUUACAGGACCACAAGUAAAAAAACUUAUAAAAUCGGAAUCGUUUCCGAAAUUAUUGAAUGAGAAAGAAAAGGCAGCCUGGAAAAGCUUUCGAGAUAUAGUUCAAGGAUUUUUAGGGAAUAAUCGUGAUCCAAGAUAUGAGGCCAUAGUACAUGAACUGAUGAAAAAUUUUGAAACCAUGGGGUGUCGAAUGUCACUAAAGGUGCACAUUCUUCAUUCUCAUUUGGAUAAAUUUAAAGAAAAUAUGGGUGUAUACUCAGAGGAACAAGGCGAACGUUUUCAUCAAGAUAUAAAACAUAUGGAGCAACGAUAUCAGUGCCAAGCAACAUCGAAAAUGAUGGGUGAUUAUGUGUGGAGUCUCAUGCGAGACACAACAACGGAGUAUACGCGUCAACCUAUUUCGAAAUUGCAUUUUUAAGUAUAUUAUAGUAUGUUAUUUUUCAAAUAAAAAUGUGUGCAAAAUGUGUAUAUUCGAAAUAUAUUUCCUAAAAUGUCUCAUUCGCA